GGAUCAGAGGAACUAGAAAGCGGACGACUUCGCAGCUCUAGUCCGGCGUCAUCUCCCAGAGCGAAGUUGGGGAAUCGCUUCCGGAACAUCCGGAGAACCUACGCGGGAGCGAAGCUUCUCCUCUCGGACGGGAGGUCCACCCGAUGUGUGUGAUGUUGAUGUUGCCGUGAAUACUCUCAUUCUCCUCCACUCCACUCUACUGUCGCCGACGGAACGAUAGAGACGAUUUUGACAGUCCGUUCAAAUCCGAUCUCGUUAAUCUCGACUGCGGGAUACUCUUUGGAUGGCUGCCGCGGAUACAGCCCCUCCUCCUGCGGAGCCUCGCAGGAAUCGACCCGGGACCAAAGCCACGGAUUUCUGCGGAUGGCCGGAUGAGCCUUUCGAGGAGAUGGACUCGACUCUCGCCGUGCAGCAGCUGAUACAACAGACGAUUAGAAAAGAACCAGCUAAUGUCGAUGCUAUCCUCAAGCCUCCGGACUGUCAAGACGAAGGAGUUUGGAAGUACGAACAUCUUCGACAGUUUUGUAUGGAGCUCAAUGGUCUCGCUGUUCGUCUCCAGGCCGAGUGCACCGCCGGGACCUGCAUGCAGAUGACUGCCACCGAGCAAUGGAUCUUCCUGUGCGCCGCCCACAAAACGCCGAGAGAAUGCCCCGCGAUCGACUACACCAGACACACUCUGGAUGGAGCGGCUUGCUUACUAAACAGCAACAAGUACUUCCCGAGUAGGGUUUCGAUCAAAGAGUCGUCUGUGGCAAAAUUAGGUUCGAUCUGCCGACGCGUGUAUCGAAUUUUCUCGCACGCUUUCUAUCAUCACCGAUCCGUUUUCGACCUGUUCGAGAACCAAACUCAUCUCUGUCGGCGUUUUACGGUCUUCGUCACGAAAUACGACUUGAUGUCGAAAGAAAACCUUAUCGUCCCGAUGCCGGGCCAAACCGAUGAGAGCACAGCUUGA